AUGAACGUAUUGCUCGCAGUCUCGCUCACCGCUCUCGUCAGCUUGACACGCGCCUAUGGUCAAGCUGUCGGCGAAGUCGUCAAAGGAAUCGACCUACAGAGCGUAGCGACGAACACUUCGUCUGGCCCAGGCCUUACGAAAUUGUCAGGCUCACUGCAGAGAAGAGCAGCAGGGGACGUUGUCAAGACUGUCCCUCUGCGUGCCACCGCACGGUUGACGGGUGGCAAGUUCAAUGUGGAAGCUAUCUUUAAUUUUGAAUUCAGAGAGGGCGAAGGCACCUUCAUCGAAGGGCGAGUACUUCGCGGUCUCAACGACUCGACCGAAUAUCGCUAUCACAUCCACACCAAUCCCAUCUCGGCAGAUGGCAAUUGUGCAAGCGCACUCGGCCAUCUCGAUCCAGUCUCGGUAACAGACUAUAUUGCCUGCGACCCCAGCCAGCCAUGGUAUUGUCAGGAGGGCGACUUGUCUGGCAAACAUGGCAAGCUGCAGGGCACGGUCAACGGCAACACCCCUGCCUUUUCGUUCAUUGAUCCCUAUGUACGAUUCUAUCCGCAGCCAUUCAGUAUUCUCGGUCGAUCUGUCGUCAUUCACGCGCCUGAUCUCACGAGAGUUACGUGCGGCAAUAUCACUUCGAACAUCGAUGGCACCGAUCUCGGCAAGCCGUCAGACUAUGUGACGGAUUAUCCUAAGAAGGCGCCACCCAAGCAACAGUCUGUCACUCCCUUCACUAACGGCAUGACGGCCACCAAUAUCGCUCAGCUAGCCACACUGCCAUUCUCGUUGCCAGAAGUGUUUAGCCAGACAAAUGUCAUUCUCACCGAGACACUUGUCGCGACAGACAUCGCAGGCAAGACGAUGGUGACGAUUCGGCCGAUUGCAGAGCCUAUCACAACUGACUUUCACGUCACCGUCGGCGCAACUCUGCCCACACAAGCCAAUCCGACAUUUCCCGAUCCGACAGCUGGCACUCCGACCGCGCAAAGUCCAGCACAGCCGCAACCGCAGCCAACACCGACAUCUCCUAACGUAGGAACACCAUCGCCAGUCAUGCCAAUGAAUGCCUCGCCGCCAUAUGCAGCCAAUGCACCCGUGCCUACGCCGACCCCUCAACCGAAGGCGAAUGAUGCUACGCCACGCGAAGCGGGCAAACCGAAUCUGCAGCUCGCGACAUCUGACGCACUUAGACUGAGCGUAUCAUCCAUGGCUUUUGUAGCUUUCUUUGCUUGCAUAUAG